AUGUUCUUAAUCUUUAUAUCGUGGACAGGUUUUAGUUACACCACAGAAUACGCAAAAAAGAAGAAGAACUUAAAGAAAGAACAAAGUAGGGCCGUUCGUGACGAUAUUCACGGUGGGUUAUCCAUCAGAAUCCUAACCCCGCCCGAAAGGGCGUAACUUGAGGACGCUACUAAAAAAAAACACCAGUUCUGCGAGGGUUAUUGCGUGAUGCCAGAAACUCAUAAGGGGUUGAAACGUGUAACUCGCGUUCAAUGCUUGUGAAUAUUCAUUUUGACCAUAUUUGGAAAUCUUAGUGGCGGAUAUCCAUUUUCAACAAAAUGGCUGCCCAGCGAUCACCAUGCAGAUGUUUUAAGACAAGAGUUCUGCAUUUCAAGGUUAAAAAUACACCGUUAAAAGACAAAAAAUGGAAAGAGAAAGUUCAAAAGAAUGCUCAGCUUUCUUUUUGUGGAGAAAGGGAAGCUUUUCAUCAAGAAAUCGUCCUUCGAGGAAUUCAACCUUGUUUUCUUCACGGCGGAGCCCAUGGUCUGUUUUGAAAUGCAACCAAGUCAGCGAAGCUUUUGCAUAAUUUUCAGGUACAUUUUGCACUCUAUGGCCAAGACAAUUACGUUUUUGAAAGGGAAUUUAUGUAUUUUUGAAUGUUUCAUAGACGUUUUAUAAAUUUUUCUCUUCGGCGCUAAAGAAAAAUUACAAAAUGUGCUCUGAUUUGAGAUGGAUUUUGUGUUGAAUUUUGCCAUGUGCUUAGCCGAUGUCACUUGCGUGAAUGGAUCCACGAUCCAGAUAGUGUUUUCCAAAUUGCUGUAAAAGAUUAACUUUUUGGACUUUGAAUAAAAAUUUGCAAGAAACGGCUUCUCUGUCAAUUGUUUUGAGUUUGUUCAGUCAUAAAAUUAGCUCAACACGCAAAACACGAUCGUGACUACAACAUCUAAGUUUAAUUUAAGCUUUUAAACUGCUUCUCACAAUCAUUACAAGCAUCACUUUUUGCGAAGAUGUCAGGUUCAGGUUUUGGACACUUUCGAUACGCAGCUAAUGAAUUUUAUUCGAAAAUAUUUUUCACUGUUUAUUCUAGACUUUUAACAUAAGAAUUUUAAAAGCCUAUUUGCAGUAUAUAUUUACUGUGCAGAGGGUCAACGAGGCAUCGUUUUUUGAAGUGACAACUUCAAGAAGUUGCGAGGCCGUCAAUGGGUUUCAUAAUGUUACGUUUGGCCAGGGUGGUAAGGCAAUAAUAUCCUGUUCAGUGUUUCGGUAAUAUUCCUGGUUUCAACCUUUGAAAGCUUUCUCGGCUUUCGGCUGUUUUUCCCCCGUUUGUCGGCCAUUUUUUUAAGCUGGCACGGGAACCUGAAGGAAAAUUACGUCACGUUGUUUACGAAGUUUGAUUGGUCAGUUAUCUCUUCUUCUCGUUCCAAAUAUGGUACUUUCGAAAAUGAAUAAUCACGAGCAUCGGACAAAGCAAACAUAUGAGAGUUACACGUUUCAACCCCUUAUGAGUUUCUGGUGAUGCCUAAGUCUUGUAUAAAUACGCUGAUUUAUUCUCACGGACUUUUGCACAAUGCAGCUUGAUACAAACACUUAUUUUGGUUCAAAUUUCAGUUUUUAGCGAUCGCCUUGUUUCCAUAUCUCAAACCGCCCUCUCCCUUUUCACUUACAUUUACAUGAAAUUUCUAAGCUUCUUGACUCAGAGACUUAGUUUCUGCUCACAAAAUCUCGUCAAAGUGCAAGUCUCUUCAAUUUUAAAGGAAAAAAAAAUGCGAGUCUCGAGCAGGAAUCGAUCCUAAAGUGCUAAAUCUGCAAUCUCCUGCCCUAACCACUAGAUAGAAGCUAACCGUUUAACCCUAAUCACUAUUCUAAGUGCUUAACCCUAAUCAGUAUUGUUAGUGCUUAACCCUAAUCACUAUAGUCAGGGCUCACUCAUAUAUGUAAACAUAUAUGCAAUUACUUUGUGUAGGCAUCACAGGGCAUCCAAGGGCGGUUUGAGAUAUGGAAAGUAGCAUUUACUGCGCCUUCGCGUGUUGCGUUACAUGCACAGUUAUUUAACACUGUUAAUGUCAAAUAUCAACAAUUGAAAUAAACUGCAACUGAUUCAAAUAAUUGAAAUAAUGCAAUGCUUUACUUGUAGCUCUUAAUUUUCACUUUCCAUGGGAAAGUUACUAGUUUGCAUACGUCAGCGUCACCUCGUGUUGAGUGUCUACUCAUGAACAGAAAAAGACUGUUAUCUUCCUGUUUUUAUCCAUAAAUCAAGCUAAAACGCACAAAUAUAAAUUCGAACACUUUAUUUAUGAAAAAAAGCAAGGCUUUUACGGUAUAAACCCAAACUAAGAAGCAUUUCAUCGAAUUUGAUGAACAUGUGUAGCAGAAUGAACUCACAGCGAAGAGCACGUUAUGGUUAUAAACCUUUUCUUACCUCGACUUUUGCAUUUAUUUUCCAGUUUAUGAUCCAAUAAGCUUUUUACAUUCGUUCUGAAGGACAUAUUUGGUUGAAAUUUAUCACAAGAAGUAUUUCUUGAUGGCUAAAGCUGCCACAAAUUCUUUACCGCGUCGCCCUUCAUUUUUGUGAGUUUUCAAAACAUCGUUGCGUGAAUCUCGAAAACUUAGAGGGUCUUAGAUCUUAGGUCUUAGUUUUCGAGGGUCUUAGGUUUCGUAACACCCUUGCAUGAAGCAUAUCAACGGUUGGGGACUGAAAAAUCUUUUUGUUGUUUAAACUGUGAACCUUAAAGUAAAAGCAUAGAAUUCACAAACGAAAAAAAAACACAGUUCUUUGGAUGUCUCAGAGCGAAUAUCUUACAUUGUAAAACCAACUUUUCUCUACGCACAAUCAGUGGGUGUUGAAUUCUACUAAUAAUAGUAAUAAUAAUAAAGACUUUAUCAAUGUGUCCAAUGCCCAGCUUACACGAAGUGUAAUCUCAUUGUGGACACCUUACUAACAUAACUACCCCCAAAAACUAGAAAAUCGAAAUAACUAAAAUAAACACUGAAACUCGGAAACCCUGCCCGCCUCAUUAAUUAUUCUAAGAGUUAAACAGGUGAUAGUUCUUACAAGCGUCAUUUCUAAUGAGGUUCGCGAUGAGUGAACUCUUAAUCAUGUAUACUUAAUUUUGACCAUAUCAGAAGGCCUUUAUAUCUAAUACUGUGUUUCCCAUAGGUGGUGGUGUUUAUUUUUGGAAUCAUAAAAUUACCUGAAUUUCUCAGGUUAUAACUUCGGUCAGUGCUUAUAUUAAAAAUAUCGGAUAUAUAACUAGGUCAUAUAUAUACUUGACUUGCCUACGUUUCAGCAGUGAGGGGGGUUAAGCCCUUACACGAAGCUCAUCGUAUGCACUACUUUUAUCACAAUAGACUGAUCUAAGCACUCCGGCUUGCUGAACAAAUGAGGUGAUGGGCAAAGGUUCAAUAUGCAUUUCAUACCAAAUGGUUUAUGCGUCGAAAAACAAAAAUAUUGAAUUGUUACUGUAGGUAGUUGGAUGUGUUGGCCUUCGAGAUUCAGGCUAUUAAUUCUAUUUUUGUAUUUGUUUCCUUUUUCCAGGUUAUGCCCUGAAAUGCUACGAAUGUUUCUCUCUUAAGAGCUGGGAUGACUGCAAAAACAGUACACUACAGGUAAACUGUUCGGACAGUCAGGACCGUUGUGGUAAAGGGGAUGUAAAAGUUGAGAGCUCAGGCGUGACAAAAGAAGCCUUUGGCAAAGGAUGUACCACUUCAUCUGACUGCAGCGGGGACAUCUGCAACUGGAACGACCCCUCAGUGAAAAUCACCAAAUGCGAAAUCGACUGCUGUAAAGGAGACCUGUGCAAUAGAGCCAAAGUACCAAUGGUCAGCGCCAUCAUGCUGUUGUCAUGCGCUAUUGUAGCUUUUGCUCGAUAA